AUGGCAGACUAUGACAGGAAUCCCGCACCCUAUCUGCAGCAAUCGGUCGCCGACAACCCCUACAGGCUGCUUGAAUGGACGGUGUUCCUGGAAGUGCUGGGGCCGGUCACAGGCAAACGCGUUCUCGACCUGGCCUGUGGUGACGGUCGUUUGACACGUGUUCUUGCCCAUGGCGGAGCUGCGGAGGUUCUUGGUCUUGAUGUCUCCGAAGAAAUGCUGGAACACGCCAGGGAACAAAACGCCGAGGGGCAACCUGAGGCCUUCCCGGAUCGGGUGAGCUAUGGCGAGGUCAGCGCCACGGACGAGACCUUUCAAAUGACCCCGCAGGCAGACAUCGUCACGGCGAUGUAUCUUUUUCACUAUGCACGCAGUGUUGAGGAACUUGACCAUAUGGCUGACCUGAUCGGCCGUAACCUUGAACCCGGUGGGAAGUUCGUAACCUAUACGAUCAAUCCGGACUAUGAUUUUACCAGUGCUCCGGACGACAUGGAAGAACGGAUCGGCUUUCAUUACCGCAUCAUUGACCCACCGGCAUACGCGCUCGUCAUCAAGGAUUUUGAAGUUCCGAUAUGGCAAUGGAGCCGGCAGCAGCAUGAAGAAGCGCUCAAACGCGCCGGGUUGACCAAUAUUCGCUGGCAUUCGCUCCAGUUUCCGCCGGAGCAGACACACCAUCUGGUCGGUUGGGCCUGGUACCUGGACAAUCCGAGCUGCAUCGUGCUGUAUGCGGAAAAGUAA